GUAUAGUAUUAUCAGUAACUUAUAUAUGGACAGACGUGUCUAUUAUGUUUUUAAAACUUAGACUAAAAGCAUAUGUAUAUAAAAUAUCGUCCACAGCAGAUUUUAAUCACUCAAGUAGUAAUCGUUGUUGGCAAAGGUUGUUUGUGUUCCGAAAGUGCAGUAUAAAAUUAAAAGAAAAAUAAAUCCAAAAUGAAAAUAUUUGUUGCAAUUUUAGCGUUAGUGGCCUGUGUUUGUGCCGAAGAAUGGACCGUAAAAAAUAGCGAACAACUCAAAGUUAUACGUCACGAAUGCUUAAGUGAACAUCCUCUCACCCCUGAACAAAUGAAUAAAAUGAAGAAUUUUGAUUUUCCCAAUGAGGAACCCGUUCGCCAAUAUCUUCUCUGCACCGCUGUGAAAAUGGGCAUCUUCUGUUCUCAUCAGGGUUAUCAUGCCGAUCGUAUUGCCAAACAAUUCAAAAUGGACAUGGAUGAAGAAGAAGUUAAGAAAUUGGCCGAAGAUUGUAUUGCCAAAUAUCCCAAGGGUGAUAAGGCCAAUGAUGUGGCUGCUUUUGAAGUUCAUGGUUGUUUGAUGAGCAGUGUUAUUGGUGACAAAGUAAAAAAUUAUAUUAAACAACGUCACGAAGCUGCCCAACAACAACAAGCGUAAAAUUUGAAAAUAAAAUAUUUAUAAAAUUAAAAGAAUAAAUAAAUUAUUUUCUAGUUAUUAGUCUAUAAUAAAUCUUAAAUAAUUUGA